GCACAUUUCCACUCCCAUUAGACUCUCUCAGUCAUAAACCUCAGUGAAAUCCUUUAGCUCCUCUUCCUCUUCACCACAUUGACAUUCAUAUAGUGUUCGAUAUCAGAUAUCAGCACAUUUAUCUACAUCUAUAUCUAUAUCUAUCUACAUAUAUACACACACACCACCCACCCCCAUCUUGGAGGCGCCUGCUGGUUAUGUGCUAUCUGCCCCGCAGCCUUCGCUCAAACACUUACUCACCAAUUCAGGGCUUUCCUUGAUUAAUUAGCUCAUUCUCCCAGUUUCUCAAUCUCUCUUCUGGAUAACAUUUCAUACUUAUCCCCUCCCAAAAUCCUUCCAUCUCUCUCUUCUGAAUAUACAUCACUGGCUGGAAUUGUUUUGUUUUCACCUGAUGGGUUUCUUCAAUUGUGGCCUUCUUUCGCAUGCUUCAAACGUGGGUAAAUAGUUGGGGGAAUAUUAAUAUAUAUAGUCGAUAUAUAUUGGUUUCUGCGCUGGGAAGGGAAGAAGUUAAUUGUGUUGAUAUCUAUGGACUAUUUGAGAGAACUGGAAGGUAAGAGAGCUCAUGAUCAUCGGUAUAAUAGUAAGAUGAUGAGUAAGAAGGCGUGCGUAUGGGUGCCGGGGCCGAUCAUAGUGGGGGCGGGGCCGUCGGGGCUGGCGGCGGCGGCGUGUUUGAAGGAGAAAGGGGUGGCGCCGGCGGUGGUGCUGGAGAGAUCCAAUUGCAUAGCCUCUUUGUGGCAGCUCAAAACCUACAGCCGCCUCUGCCUCCACCUCCCAAAACAAUUCUGCGAGCUCCCACUCAUGCCCUUCCGGCCAACUCUCCCGACGUACCCGACCAAACAAGACUUCAUUCAGUACCUAGAGGACUACGCCGACCGGUUCGACAUCCGGCCGGUUUUCAACACCACCGUCCGGUCAGCCGAGUUCGACCGGAGCGUCGGGUUUUGGCGGGUGAAGACGACGAAAAGAACGACGGGAAAUAAUAAAGACGAAGUAGAAGAGGAAACAGAAGUUGAGUACAUCUCCCGGUGGGUGAUCGCGGCGACUGGGGAGAAUGCGGAGGCGGUGAUUCCGGCGAUCGACGGAAUGGAGGAGUUUUCCGGGCAGAUUAUCCACACGAGUUUGUACAAAAGCGGGGAUGUUUUUAGGGGAAAGAGGGUUUUGGUGGUUGGGUGUGGGAAUUCGGGAAUGGAGGUGUGUUUGGAUCUCUGCAAUCAUAAUGCCACCCCUUCACUAGUGGUCCGAGAUACAGUGCACAUCCUACCACGAGAGAUGCUGGGAAGAUCAACUUUCGGGUUGUCCAUGUGGUUACUGAAGUGGUUACCCAUGCGACUUGUCGACCGGUUCUUGUUGGCCGUUUCCUGGCUAAUGCUCGGCGACACGGCGCAGUUCGGGCUGGACCGCCCGCGGAUGGGCCCGCUCGAGCUCAAGAACCUCUCCGGGAAGACGCCGGUCCUCGACGUCGGAACACUGGCCAAGAUCAAAAGUGGAGACAUCAAGGUAUAUCCCGGCAUACAAAGAUUAAAGCGCCACACGGUUGAAUUUGAGAAUGGGAAAGAUGAACAUUUUGAUGCAAUAAUCUUAGCAACCGGAUACAAAAGCAAUGUGCCCUCUUGGUUAAAGGAAAGAGAGAUGUUCUCGGAGAAAGAUGGUUUACCUAAAAGGCCAUUUCCGAAUGGUUGGAAGGGAGAAUGUGGGCUAUAUGCCGUGGGGUUCACAAAGCGUGGAUUGCUAGGUGCAUCCAUGGAUGCCAAGAGAAUUGCUGAGGACAUCAAAGAAUAUGAAUUGAAGCUAAACAUCAUCUGACGCCCAUUCCUCCUCGUUAACCUACGAUGACGAAAACUAUAAACAAUUUUUUUUUCCAUUCUCCGGGGAAAAAAGAAAAAGAAAAAUCAAAAGAAAAAAACAUGUCGUUUUUUUUUUUUUUUUUUUUUUUUUUUUUUUUUUUGGUGAUAGCAGGAAAAAAAAUUUAUAGGGUUUGACUGAGUUUCAAUCAGCUGGAGAUUUUCAUCAAUGGUGAAAUUUUGGUGGUACCAAUUUGCACAAAAGAGAAAAUAUGGGUACCAAACAAAUACAAAAAUCUUCAAAUCACCAAUCCCCAUACAUCUUGUACAUUUUUCGAUUUUUCUCUAAUUAGUUAGGUUUGACUUUUUAUUUAGGUCAAUUUCUAAUUUGCAUUUAAAAUUUUAGCCUUUUUUUUCUGGGAUUUUGAGCGAUGGGUUGGCAAUAUAGAAAUCUGAUGAUUUUGUCAUUAUUUUCUAUUAUAUUAA